AUGUUGCCCAGAGCACAGCCCAACUCGGCUCGACCCCAACAGCGACCACCGCAGCCAACAUCUCAGCAGGGCCAUUAUCCAAAUCAUCAACAAACUAAUCAACAGCAAGCACGUCGUCCUCUGGCGCAAAAUCUAGAUGCUCAACGCCAACGUAGACUCGUAGCGGAUAAACUAAUCCACGAUUGCUAUUCCAAAAUGCUCGUACUGAAGGAUGGCAGGAAAUUCCCAGAGACGUCGUAUCAGACCCAUAUCCACAUAGCAGAGUUUUCAUCAUAUCCUUCGCUGCCACCUCCUUCAAAUCUUCCCCCAAAUAAGAUCGGCACGGUGAAGAAUCGUAUUCUCGCCAUUUGUGUCAAGUACUCGGGAAGAGUUCUUCUCCAGAAAGGAAAGUAUAAUGAAGCAAAGAACGUAUACCAGAUCGGGAGAACUUGGGAUAUGGACGAAUUGAAGGCCAUACGUCGUACAUCUGAAACUAGUUUCAUCCUCACGCUUAACAAAGACUACUAUUGGCAAACAGACGAAGGUGUAGAAAGGUUGUGGAAAUUCUCACGGGCUUUGACAUCUUACUACGGAGGGUUUAUGGGAAGAUAUCCAGAAUUGCACGGUUUUUCACUUCUGGACUUCAAACUUGCUCCAACAGCUACGAAAAAGCAGUUGACAGGAAGUCCCCUGAAACCUCUUGAAGCUUCUAGUAGCGAUGUUGUACUUAAUGAUCUGGCUCCAGAUGCAUCAAGAGCAGAAAAUCACACCAAGGAUGUCUCUAUUCCACCUCCACCUCCUCAGCAUCAACAGGAUUUGUCGCCUGAUUUCUACAAGGACUUUGACUUCACUUCCAACGGAAAGUUGCCGGCCAAGCCGAUGAUGGUGAUGCAAGUGGACAGGCCUUCGUUUUCGUCACAGUCUUCACUUCCGAUUUCGGAUAAAAGACAAUCUUCAGAAAAUGUUAACUCUCCUUCGAGCAACUACAAUAAAACACCAACAAGUAACAUGAACAAGUUCAACGCUAUAAAUGAGGACUUGAACAAAUCAACUCCAGAUACAUCUAGAUACUCUAACAAUUCAGGUAACCAUCCAUACCAACAGAGGUCACCUCUCAAUAACAUGAGCACUACAAGCGAUAUCGUCAACAAUGAUUCACAGAGCUUUGUUUUUGAGCCUAAAGAGCAGUAUUCGCCAGACAAAUUGCAUGAGUAUGCCAAACAGGCACGAGAAACUUCGCCAUUAAGAAACUUCAAGCCCAUUCCGGAGCAUGAGGUCGUAGAACACCGUAAUUUUUCAGAGCCACUUGAGACCGUAGCAGCAUUGGGAAUGCAACUCCAGGACCAUUUGGAAGCUGAAAAUUUACCCAGCGUUGAAAAUUCUAAGACGGAGUCUGAAAUCAUUCAAAAUUUUGCAGAGCGUAUCCCAGAGCAUCCAGGGAUUGCUUCAUCCGCAAAGUCUCCAGAUUUCGGAAUUGAAGAAAUCACUGAUGAAAGCGAUAGCGAGAACUUCAAAGGCGCUUCAAAAAAGGAUCCUAUUGAGACCGAACCUAUAGAUAAGGGACUUGGACUCUCUGAACUCUCCCAGCCUCCUAAUGGAGAAUAUCACACAAGUACUAUCAACUCGUCGAUUCAAGAGAUAGAAAACAUGCUUGACUCUCAUAUUAGUAAGAGUAAAGAAGAUGCCAAUUUAUCUGUAGAUGAAUCAGCCAAUUUGGGUCAGAUUGAUCCAGAUAUUUCAGCCAGGAAUAUCACCCAAUCGCUGAUAGACGAUACAUUAGAGUCGAACCAAAAGUAUUCUUUUGAUGAAGGGACAAUGUAUACUCACGACACGCUUCAGUCAGAACCUGGACUCAAUAUCGUCAAGAAAGAUGGGGAAAAGUUGGAGAAGGAUCCUGAAGUUGAGGAGUUGUUUGAUGAUUUGAAAUGGUCAAUUACGGACGAUAGCGAUUCACUUAUCAAGAAGUUGACCAGAGAGCUUAACAACGUAAAACAGCAGAACGUCAGAGAGUUGAUUGGUUUGAAUUUUGGCAGCAGCAACGUUUCGAAAGAUGUAGGCACUUCCAUCAAUGAGGUAGAGAAUUUGAGCCACAUCUUCAAAAAGAUGGAGAUUGACUUCAAAUUCUUGUCGCUGGAAGUAGACACAAUUGAGAACAACUCACAGGGUCUACAAGUAAAGUCAAUCAACAGAAAGUUGUUGUACAACGACUUGAGAGGUAUCUUGUCAAAAGUGAGUGUUAACAGUGACGAUUUGAGAAUUAUCGAGGGAUUCACUGAAUUCGACAGGUUGAACAAGUUGGAGAAUUUGGAAUUAGCCUUGCUUGAUUUGUUCAACGCUUUAAGUACAAUCAAACAUGAUCCGACAGAAGACGACUUUUAUUUGAGUUCCAUGAGAGCGUUGAAGCAAUUUGACGCUACGUACGAAAGAGUCACAUCGAGUUUUAUCAAGAACUUCAUCUUUUUUGCGAAGUCUCAAUUCAAGAUGUUGAUUGAACAAGCUUCAUCUGAUUUAAUUAGAUUCAAACCUCAUAUUCUAUUACGUGAAUUGAACAAUAUGUUGAUCUACACUGGUAUUACUUACUUUGUGAAAGAGUGUGGAGCCAUAGAAUUCCAGGAAUUGAACCAGUUCUUCAACGCGUUGAUCAGCAACUUCUUAGAGAGUCUCAUCAAAAGCAAAUUAAAGCGCAUUAACUAUAGCAAUAACUCCAACAGUACUGCUUCGAAUGGGCUAUCUCAAGUUUUGGAUGAAAACCAUUUGAGAAAGUCAAGAACGUUGAGAUUAUCGAGAAAGAGAUUCGGAUUAAAUAUGGAAGAAUCUGAUGACCAUAAACAACAAGCUCAUCUUGAAAACGUGAGAAAGUACUCCAAGAACUCCAAUGAGAUCGAAGACCCGAAGGCUGUUGUGGCUAUCAUUGAUGAAUCCAAAGAUCUUAUUUCCAUUAUCCAGUUUUUCGUUGGAACAUUUUUUCAUUACGACAGAGACACUUUUGAUUACGACGAGUUCAUGAAGGUUCAUCCUUAUAGUGAACGUAGAAGAAUGAUCGAUGAUUUCCCAUCGUUAAACGUCGAGACUUUGAACGAUAACAAGAACUAUUCAACCAAUGAAUUGAUUGGCAAUAUGACUACUAUUUUCGGUAACUUCAUCAAUAUCUUUAUGAAGAGGGUCAAUCCAGUUGAAUUGAACAUUCCAUUGAUUUUGAUCUAUUUAGAAACGGUGUCCAAUAGUACUCAAUCGACCAACCAGGAGUUCCUUUUGUUUAACUUCUUAAAGAAGUCUAUUGAAAAGUACAAGAAUACAUGGACUAAGUUCAUUGAAGGACAAAUCGAGCUUUUGAACAAUUCUCUUGUUGUUGCCAAGAGCGGAGUGCUACCAUCGGUGAAGAAUGUGAAUCAGUUGUUAUUGAUCACAGAAUCUUCGUUGGAGAAUAACCGUGAAAUCAGAAACACGUCGGUCAGAUCAAUGGUUGAUUUGUCAUAUAAGCAAAUCACUGAGGCAUUGAUUCAUUUGUUCAUGAGAGAUGAUCCAUUGUUGAAGAACAACGAUUUGGACGAUAAAGAAAGGGAAUACAGAAAUGUCAGCAUUAUCCAGAACAUCUACUAUAUUUUGGAACAGUUAGAUUCCGUCAAUAACGGCACCUCGUCUACAAGAGAUAUGAACGCUAGAUUGGAGACUGUGUUCAAGAAGGUUGAAGAUACAUAUUUCCAGAAGUUGUUAACGAAGAAUAUUGGCAAAUUGAUUGAGUUUGUCAAUAACUAUGAAGCUCUCGAUAAGUUGAACAGACCGAAGAAGUACAACAAGAAGUAUGUCAAAUCUCUUUUGGCCAGCUACACUCAGAAGGAAGUGAGCUUGAAGGUACACGAAAUCUAUAAGAAGUUGGAAAAGCACUAUGUCACAGGCAGCGAUAUGUUUGAAAAGGAUCUUGUUGAGAAACUCUGGGAAGAUAUGGAGAACUCUACAGUAAACUAUUUCACUAGAUUGAACAAGAUCUUGAGAAAUGAUUUUGACAGAGAUAUCGAGUACAACAUCGGCAAACAAGAGAUCCAUUCCAUCUUUAAGUCUAUACAUUAGCAUAUGUAAUAUAGGAAUUACUAAGG